AUGGUCAAAAAGGGGAAAAUUCGAUCCGGGACGGCUUCGAAAAUCAAACGAUGGAAGAAAGGACACAGUAGCGACUCAAAUCCACAGACGAGCCGACAUCGACACGCUGCUAAAAGUCGUUUUUUCAGCCGACCCUCCGGAAAAAGUGAUUUGACCGUUGACGCUCUCAAGCUCCACAAUGAGUUGCAGACAGGUCCGCUGGAGAUCAAAACAGCAAGCCAGAAAGAUGACUCCAUGGAGGAUGAGCAAGCGGUGUCAGACAGGACCUCGGGAACCUUCCUCAGCGGGCUCUCGGACUGUUCCAAUCUAACUUUCAAGAAGGUACAACGGUUCUGGGAGUCCAACUCUGCUGCUCAUAAAGAGAUCUGCGCUGUGUUGGCCGCUGUAACGGAGGUGAUACGCAGCCAAGGAGGGAAGGAGACGGAAACGGAAUAUUUUGCUGCUUUGAUGACAACUCUGGAAGUGGUGGAUUCAGCGGAAUCGCAAGCUGCCGUUGCGUAUCUCCUAAACCUCACGAUGAAAAGGGUUCCUGCCCCAGUGCUCAUGUCUAAAUUCUCUGACACCACCAAGGCUCUGAUGGACAUCAUGUCCCAGCAAGCCUCGUCUGAAAACACAUCGUCUCUUAGAUGGAUUCUCUCGUGCUUGGCCACUCUGUUGAGAAAACAAGAUGUGACUGUUUGGACUUACCCUUCCACUCUUCAGGCAUACCAUGGCCUGCUCAGCUUCACCGUGCACAGCAAACCCAAGGUGCGUAAAGCGGCGCAAGAAGGCGUGUGCUCUAUCCUCCGAGGGAGUGACUUCCUGUUCACAGAUAAAGCCCCCGCCCAUCACCCUGCUGCUGUGUCCACAGCCAAGUUCUGCAUCAAGGAGAUGGAACAAGCGGGAGGGAGCAGAGAGGACACCACCACGCUCCACGUGCUAGGCCUCCUAAAGGAGCUGAUGUUGACGUUCCCCCUGGGGGCUGUUAAGUCGUGUUGUGAGACGCUGCUGCGGGUUAUGACACUCAGCCAUGCGCUAGUGACCGCCAGCGCCAUGCAAACCUUCCAUAGACUCUUCAGCGGGAAACCAAGCACCUCAAACCUAUCACCUGAGCUUAAUGCGCAAAUCAUUACAGCUUUGUAUGACUACCUGCCCAGUGAAAAUGACCAGCAGCCUCUGCUGGCCUGGCUUGCUGUCAUGCAGAAGGCGCAUGUUCACUUAGCAUGUUUGCAGAGUUCUCUCACUCUAGGCCACCUGCCUCGCCUCUUCUCAGCUGCCAUGUCCUGCUUGUUGUCGCCUCACUCGCAGGUGGUCUCUGCGGCGGCCACUAUGCUCAAGACGCUUUUGAUGGAGUGUGUGGGUCCUCACAUGGGGGAAAUCGGCACGGUAUCUGCCACAGCCUCUGCAGGAAACCCCUCCUAUGUCUGCAGAAUGUUUCGCAUCGUGGAGGAAGGCUUGUCCUAUCGUUUCCAUGCCUCCUGGCCCUAUGUCUUACAAAUACUUGGUUGUUUCUACAAGGUUGCAGGAAAACAUGCACAUUCCGUUAUGACCAAGUCCUUGCAGUCUCUCGCCGACCUGCGCGCCACUCCUCGAUUCCCAUACUGUGGCGAGCUGGAUCUGGCGGUCGGGAGCGCUGUGGAGAGCAUGGGCCCGGAGGUCGUGUUGGGAGCCGUGCCUCUCAACAUCACUGGCUAUGACGACGACCUGGAGUUCCCACGCAGCUGGCUUGUGCCUGUCAUCCGCGAUCAUGUGAAGAAUACUCACCUGAGUUUCUUCAUCUCCUAUUUCCUUCCUCUAGCUUCCACACUCAAGCAGAGAGCUGAAGAGUUGGAGCAAGCGGGUCAGAACCUGGAAGCCAAAGUAUAUCAGACGUUACAGCUUCAGAUUUGGACCAUGCUUCCCGGGUUUUGCACGUGUCCUGUGGACUUGGUGUCAUCUUUCAAAGGAAUUGCUCGCUCUCUCGGCAUGGCCAUCAACGAGCAACCUGAUCUGCGACUCACAGUCUGCCAGACCCUGCGCACUGUCAUCAAUAAAAGCUGCAACACUGUGGAGGAAAAAGCUGAAGUUGGUCGCUUCUCUAAGAACUUCCUGCCCAUCCUCUUCAACGUGUACAGCCAGCAGCCUGCUAACGGAGAAUCUGCAGCCUACAGGAUGGCUGUCUUGGACACCAUUAAAGUUUACUUGACGGUCACUGAACGGCAGAUGAUCAACACAUUCCUGCAAAAAGCCACGGAUAGACUGACCAGUUCAGAAAGCACAGAGUUCACACGGUUGUCAAUGCUGGACCUUAUUGUUGCCAUGGCGCCCUUCCUGGAUCAGCUGACCAUGACGAAGACGUUUGAGCUCAUCAGGCCAUAUUUAGAGAUGAAAGAACCGGGAAUGCAGAAGAAAGCUUACCGUGUGCUAGAAGAGAUGUGCGCGGGAGAGGGAGAUGAGAGCAAGUCGUUUGUCGUGGCCAACCUCGACACUCUGAAGGCGGUCUUGCUGGAGACCCUAAAAAAUGCGGCGUCGCCAGCAAAACGGCCUCGACUAAAGUGUCUGAUCCACGUGAUGAAAAGACUUGACAAAGAACACAAAGACUUCAUCAUCUCUCUUCUGCCAGAGGUCAUCGUAUGCACGAAGGAAGUGUCAGUCGGCGCGCGCAAGAAUGCGUACACUUUGCUGGUGGAAAUAGGAAACGCAUUCGUGCGAUUCUGUGGGAACACAAAAGAGGCUAUGCAGCAGUAUCUGCUCGUGAUGUACGCUGGCCUCACAGGCUCCAUUACCAUGAUCACUUGUACUGUGAUGGCCCUCACACGAUUGGUGUACGAGUAUAAAGACUCCAUUGAGAUUUCCACCAUGGAGCAGCUUCUGCAUAAUGUGUGUGUGUUGCUGGCGUCUCGUACCCGAGAAGUGGUCAAAGCGGCGUUGAGCUUCAUCAAGGUCAUCCUUUUCGUCAUGGACCCCAAGACCUUGGCAUCACAUAUCACUGUCAUGAUGGAAGGCAUCGGGAAUAUCACGGAUAAUGCUAGGAGACACUUUAGAGCCAAACUCAAAAAUAUCUUCACCAAGUUGAUCAGGAAGUUUGGGUUUGAGCUAGUGAAGAGCAUGCUGCCUGUCGAGCACCACAAGGCUCUAGCAAACAUUCGCAAGACGGAGGCUCGUAGCCAGCGGAAGAAACAAGCGGAGAAGCAGCAGGAAGACUCAGACAGCGAAGACGUGGCUCCCAAAGCCCCUAAUGACAGUAUUGAAGACAUCCUGGCGGGGUCGGAUAGCGAUCUGUCAGAGGACGAAGUCAAGGCUGGGAGGAAGAAGAAGGGUUUGAAGCAGCAGAAAGGUCAGGCUUGGCUCAAAGAGGGAGAGGAUGACGACCCGCUGAACUUCUUGGACCCCAAAGUUUCACAAAGAGUGCUUGCCACCAACCCAGGGAAGAAAAAGAGCGCCAAGGCGGAGCAUGGCUUCAAGACGACGUCAGACGGGCGGCUGAUAAUCCGAGAAGAGGACGACAAAGAAGACCAGAAAGAUGACGGCGAUUUGAAUGAUAUUUUGGAAGAAGCUGGAGUGAAGAGUAAAAAGGCACAAAAAAGGAAACUUCGAGAUGAUGAGUUUGAAGAUAUGGACACAGAACCCCAGCUGAAAUAUAAAGCCGGCGGUUCGGGCAUUCACAGACCUCUGGGACGCAACACAGACUUUGGAUCUGAGUACAAGUCAAAGAAAGGAAAAGGGGACGUUAAGAAGACAGGCAAACUGGAUCCUUACGCUUACAUCCCGCUUAAGAAGUCCCAACUCAAUCGCAGGAAGCGGGCCAAGCUGCAGGGCCAGUUCAAGGGCAUGGUAAGAGGAGCCCAGAAGGGGGCGCUGUCAGGUAGAAAAGUGCACAAGCGCAAGAGGAGAGCCUGA